GUAGAGAUGUCUACAAAUUCAGCAGAGCAGCGACAUCUUCUUGCACGGGAAAAGGAGUGUGAAGGGCGUGAUGGUUGUGACCGAAACAACGCGGCCGCAACCGAAGGCAGCUCGUGGAUAGUCAUGACUUCUCUUCUUGUGCUAGGCAUCGGUAUUUGUCUGGAGGUAGAUUUUUUCGUUCACAGGCCAAAUCCCGAUGUCGUUCCUUCGCCUAUCUUUCUACUAGACAAAUUGGCUUACAUCGAGGGGUUUGAUAUUGGUUGUAUGGCUGUAGCAGUGAUGUGGAUCGUCUUUACUCUCGCUCGCUACUGCUGUUGCCAUGAAAAGGAAACGCCGGAAAGGGUUUUUAUUGGAAACUACCUCAUUUACGGCCUGGUGUUUUUCGCUUUGGGAGGAUCGUUUCUGGAAAUACUUCAAGCGGUGUUGUUCUUCAGUUACCCUUCUGCCUCUGCGACUGGACGGGUGUACGUCUUGUCGAAAAUAGUCUUUAUUAUAGCACAGGUUAUCUUCAUAUUUUCCAGUCGGUACAGACACAUUUUCACCAGGACAUUGUUCAAUGGAGUAUUUCUGUUUCAUAUCAUUGUCACCAACGUCAUCCUGUAUCUUCGUACAUUUGUCGAGGGCAAACUGGAGAACGUUAACGAGGCAACCACUAAUACUUCAAGUCAGAAUGCAUCAUGUCAUGCAAACAUUUCACAUCAUGAUUUCUGUCAGGCAUACAAAAGUACAAGUAAAUUCUUGGCUCCAUUCUGUCUUGAGUUUGCCCUUACUUCUACUGCUUUGCUUGCGGAGCUAUGGUUUCAUCAUGGACAUGAAACAAUUGAUGAAGGACAGAGUGACUACAGUAACAAUAAUAAUGCUGUUGGCCAGUCAGAACCCAGACAGAAGGAAGUAUUGGGAAGUAUAACAUCAGCAAGUGUUCUUGGACUUUUUAUACUGGGUAGCCUUGUUUGUAUGUUUAUCUAUCUUUACUAUGCUGGAGAAGUCAAUGGGAAGUUUGUCUUUCGUGGUUAUCGACUAAUCCUUGUAUCUUUGUUGAUUGUGAUCUGCCUCAUUGGUCUUUCAACUCUCCAUUGGAACUCUCGAUUGAAUAACAGUGUUGGACUUGAUGAAUUUCUGGUGUACUUCUCUCUUUUUGGUGUCUUUGUCAUUAAUGUACUAGAAAUUAAUGCUGCCACAGGAAUAUUUUAUAUUCACAAGAACAAGGUAAACAGUAGUCAACUGGUUUACAUUCAUAAGAACAAUGAGGUAAACUUGAACAGUAGUCAACUGGCUCAGUUGAAGGUGUAUGCAGAAAUCUCCAUUCUGGACAAUAUAUUGUGGUGUAUUCAAUCUGCUCUGCAAGCUGCAUUUAUUACAAAAGCAUUACAUAGAGCACCUCGCAGGAUCAAACUGGCAAAUACAUCGUCAUUAGCAGUGAUUUUAAUAUUUUGCAAUCUUUGUGUUUGGCUGAUGGACACAAUUGACAUGGAAGAUACAGGAGACUCAGACAGCAUUUAUAGUAAAUCAAAGUUUUUCCAGUUACCUGAGACAAUGUAUGGUCCUCUUCAUUGGCAAUUGGUAAAGUUAGUCAUUUACCCGAUACUUAUCUUUUUUAGAAUUCAUUGUGUUUUCACCUUUUAUAGAGUUUUUAAUAGUCACAGAACUUUAGGUUAGAUUGUUUGCAUACAGAACUUGGUACUAUCAGUGGCUUUAGUCACAUUAUCUAAGUGCAUGACAUGAUCGAAUUUGGUGUAUGGUUUGUAGGUCAAUACAUCUUCUAUGCUGGAGAUUCUUACCACUUGUAGGUCUGUAGGGUGUAGUACGUGAAAUGAGCUUGGACCAAUGGUACUUUAUCUAGAGCCUUACAUGUUGGGCUAUUGCAGAGGUAUUGGCACAAUUAAUUAAUUAAUUAAGCCUUACUUUUUUAAGUAGACGU